AUGCAGACGCUCACAUUUGACGAAGUAUUGGAAGAGUUUCUGGCGGGCUUGGAUGAAGACCAGACCAUUUCCGACAACAGGCCAGGUGUUAGGGGCGUUUCUAAAAGUCUCACUCGCCCCAACACUGCCCAGAGCAACAGGCAGAGCGCCACGGCUCCAAGCACCGGUAGAUUGCUCGAGAGCACCAUGAUCUCGCGGCAGCAGUGUUAUCCUGUUAAAGGAGAAGAGAACCUGUCCACAGAGGAGGACAAGCUGAUGUCGAACUCACUCAGGUGCCAGCUGCAUGCCAUGGCCCCCCUCAUCCCACGCUUCCACUUGUUCGAAAUCGACGAUCAGCCCUGGUUCCCCUCGUUCCUCCGCGCCCGCGUACAAGACGCCCUCCUCGCCACCUGGGUCAACCGCACACCAGGCCUGCAACCGGCCUCGCCAGCGCGCCUCGCCGCCGACAUCCUCGAGCGCGAGAUCGGCCAGGCCUCCCUCCCCUCCCACACCUUCAUCGACUUUUGUGCCGGCUCCGGUGGUCCCACGCCGACGAUUGAGCGCAUCCUCAACCGCCGCCUCGCCGCCGCCUCACUCCCCGCCGCCACCUUUGUCCUCACAGACCUGCACCCGAACCCCACCUCAUGGUCUCGCGCCGCCGCCGCCUCGAGCAACCUCGUCUACGAACCGGACCCAAUCGACGCCUCGGCGGCCCCGCCCUCCCUGCUCGCGCAGCACCGCGGCAGCAGUCCCGUCUCUAUUUCAUCCCCGUCGGCGACAAAGAAGAAGGAGAAGAAGGAAAUCUUCCGCCUCUUCAACCUCGCCUUCCACCACUUCCCCGACCCCCUCGCGCGUCGCAUCCUCCGCGACACGCUCUCGACGUCCUCCGGCUUCGCCAUCUUCGAGCUCCAGGCCCGCGAGCCCGCCUCCUUCCUCGCCUGCUGCCUCCUCGGCCUCGGCGUCCUCGUCGGCGCCCCCUACCACGCCUGGCGCCUGCGCUCCUGGGCCGUCCUCUUCUUCUGCUGGGUCAUCCCCGUGUUGCCCUUUGUGCUCGUCUUUGAUGGCCUCGUCAGCUCCGUCCGGACGCGGACCCCCGACGAGGUCGAGGCCCUGAUGCGUACGUGCGGCGCCGACUGCGAGGCGUGGGAGGUCAGGAGUGGGAGCGACAUGCAUCUCUGGCCUGUGGGCUACCUUCACUGGAUUGUGGCCACGAAGAAGGACGUGCCGGGAAGGCAAUAA